AUGCCGGAGUCCAACAGCAUCCGAGCUGCGGCCCGGGCCCACUGGCCGGCCGCACUGGCGCGCCUGGCCGGGGCCGAGGUGCUUAGCGCCUGCGCGAAGAAGGGCCAGUGGCAAGUGGCCCUUGCCUUGCUACGGAUUCUUCAACAGCGAGGCCACUGCAGCAGCCACACGCAGAGCGCCGCGAUCAGUGCCUGUGAUAAGGGUGGACACUGGAAGGUGGCCGUGGCCCUCCUGUCGCAGUUUCGGGCGGAAGGCGCAGAGGUUGGCCUCGUUACCUACAAUGCAGCUUUGGCUGCGUGCAAGCGCGUGGGCCAGUGGCAGCUGGCCCUGUCGGCUUUGGUGACGAUGCAACUCUGCAGACUGACCCCCGACGUCGUCACAUGGUCUUCGAGCAUCAGCGCCUGUGAGAAAGGUGGUCAGUGGGCCUGGUCCCUCUUUCUCUUGGAGUUGAUGAGGAAUGAGGAGGUGGAGCCCAACGCCAUCACCCACACCUCCGUCAUCAGCGCCUGCGCCCUGGGCACGCAGUGGGCCGGCGCGCUGGAGUUCAUCGAGAGAAAUCCCAUCUCUCGCAACGCCGCCGCCGAUUGCUGCAGCCGGGCCAGUGAGUGGCGGGGCGCCCUCUGCGUGUUGCGCACCUCCCAGGAGCUGCAGUUGGAACCGGAUGCAGCCGGCUACAGCAUCGCCUGUGGCGCCUUUGGCGAUGCCUUACGGUGGCCGCAGGCAGUGGAGGCCCUUGAGGAGAUGGGCGCCGUGCGGCUCGGGGACGCCAUGGCCUUCACGGCAGCCUUAGGGGCCUUGGAGAAGUCGUGGCUGUGGACUCGCAGCCUAAGCUUGCUCCGCAAACUGAGCUUGGCUGGAGUGCGGCAGAACACGAUGGCAGUUAACGCCGCGCUCAGCGCAAGCGGCAAGGCGUCACAGUGGCGUAAGGCAUCUGGGCUGUUGCUCCAGUUGGGGGUCAACUUCCUGGAGAAGUCAAUCGUCACGCACGGUGCCGCCUUGUCUUCCCUGGUCUCCGCACGAAGCUGGCGCCGGGCGCUCUCCCAGUUGCAGGAGCCGGAGAAUCUGCAUUGUGUAGUCUCGCUCCAGAGGACGGUCCUGGCGGCCGUGUUGGCGGAGGCCCACUGGGAAGAAGGACUGGCGCUGCUGGAGCAGGUUCUUGCCCAUCGCUUCGAGGUGGAUGUUCGCCUCUUCAACGAGGUCAUUGGUGCCUGCGGUCGCCAGGGUCUCUGGGAGGUGGCCUUGGCGGUACUGGCGGCGCUGCCGGAGCUGGGCGUCGCAGGAACCGUGGUCUCCUUUACUGCGGCCAUCGAUGCCUGCGCCAUUGCGGGCCAGUGGCAGCAGGCCGAGGCGCUGCUCGAGACUAUGGGGGAGGUAGCCGUGGAGGCAAACAGCAUCACUUUCAAUGCCCUUAUCGGUGUGCAUGGUCAAGGCAGUGUGUGGAGCCAAGGGCUCGAGGUACUUCACAUGAUGCAGGUGGCGGCAGUGCGGCGUGAUCAGAUCACCUUCGGGGCUUCCGCGAGCGCUGCGGCCCGUGCUGGGGCGUGGCCACAGGCGAUCGGGCUGAUGGCCGCACUUCCUUCCCAGCACCUGCAAAGCGAUGUCGUCACUCACAGCACUGCUUUGUGCGCCUGUGGUGAGGCCGAGCGAUGGCGACAGGCCCCAGGAUUUGCCCGAAGUUCCCGGUAUUGUUUUGCUGAGAUGAGCCCCCCCCGGCCCUCAGAUGCGGGUAGGAAAUGUUAG